AUGAGAAGUUCACGGAAAUCACCUCAAAAGAUGAAAGCCUUCAAUAUACUACAUCUUGAACAUGUAGCAAAUCGAAUUGAUCAAUUACUCAAUCCUACUUAGAGAGAGUAAUUUACUUAGAUGAGACAAAUCAAACCAGGAAUCAAAUUUGUCAUUAACAAUAAAUUAACUCCCUAUAAAUAAAGACAAUCGGUUUUUGAAUAAAUUUAAUCAUCUCGAUCAAGUAUCAUUCAAACUCAAGAUAGAUAGAGAAGGUAGAAUAACAACUCUUCAAAAAGUUCAUCAUUUUUGGAAAAAAAAAUAAAUUAAUUAAAAAAAGAACUAGGUGAUUUAUAAAAAGCUCGAAAAUUUGAAAAAACUAAACCUAUGUAUUCAGUUCACAAGAUGGCACUUUACAAUAAUCUAUAAGAAACACCAUAGGAUUAAAAAUUAUUGAUUAUAGACAAGAAACCAUAAUCAGCCAGGAAGAUUAUUGAUAAAUCAAUUGAAGAAUUGAAUGGUCCUUUUAAAAAGAAACCAUAAUAACAUAUGUUUUUCUAAAAUAUAGUUAUUGAAAACUCAUUAAAUCAUAUAGAUAUUAGUAUACCUACUCCUGAAAUCAAAGCAAAAAUUAAAGUUGUACCUUCACAAUAAAGAAGUGUGAGCUAAGGUUUAAUAACUUAAUAAAAAAGACCAAUAAAGAUAUGUAAAAAUGAUCUUAUUGAAUUCAAAGGAUGGGAUGUUGAAGAAGAAGAUGAUUACUUAAGAUUAGGAUGA